CCCAACAUCCUCUUGUUUACUUUAAAUUUUUUUUUAAAGAUCGUUUUUCUAGUACAUUAAUCUAUACAUAAUGUUUUGUGUAUCAUUUGUGACCCCGCAACGUAUUUGAUGGUAAAUACUAGAAGCCCUAGAACAACCGCUCCCAGUGUAGCGCAAGAGGACACAGCUAUGAACAGGCUAAUAGUGCCCAUGGCGGCUGGUACAGAUUUAGAACUGUUUGCACCAGGAGAAAGCCAUUUGAUUGCACCACAAACAAGACCCGCCGAGGUGAAGAUUCACACGUUAUAGUGCAUUGUUUUGAAGAGCCAGCUUUGCUUCGGCGAAAGAGCACUUGGCCACAAUCACGUUGUGUUGUAUUUUGCGACUCAGCUCCACAUCAAGUGCUUUUAUAGUCUAGUCGGUUAGUCAUCUAAUCAGAAGCGUAAGGAUAUGUAAGCAAAAUGCAACAGCUUUACACCGGUGAAUUCUGAUUCCACCAACGCAAAUGCAUUUGAAGUGUGGCGCAUUGUGUUUCACACGGCCACAGGCCAUUUGCAUCGGGGCAUUGGGAAGGAUUAUGGAUGCCAACACGUAGCGAAAUCCUGUUCUAAAAGCCAUUUGCAUAUCUCUAUUGCUAAGCGUAUGUUGUAAGGCGGUUUAAUUUAUCGUUGUAAGAUAUUUAUUUUGCAAUUUCAUUAGUUAGGCGUCACCGUCAUUUGCUUUAUCGUUGUCGUUUAGCAACAAAAAAAAAGAACUGGCAUUGUCCGGUAUCAUUCAUGACAUGAUCCGUAGUGAUAACUCAGUAGCAACAUUAUGCAACCCGAGGGUACAGAUGGUCGAAACGUGAACGGGUUGAUUUGGGACCAGAAUUCGAUACGUUAUUGGAGCGUGAUCGGUAGCUGGUACACUGAAGAAGUUAUCUUGAACACGGUUCCUUUUGAUUAAGUGCAGCUUUGCUAUGCUUAAAGCACUGCGAUAAGGAUAAUCGAUGGCUAUAAAGAACUUGGGUGGCGAUAAACGCCUCAAGCAAGUGGAUAGGAAAGUGACAAUGGAUGCAUAAAAUAAAUUAUAGAAUUAAAAUAUUUAUUUUGAGAUAAAAUCAUCCCCGGGUAAUAUAUGUAGUGAUUAGAAAUAUAUGAUAAACUGUUAACUUUUUUUUUCAAUCCACACUGUAUUGACUUAUUGAACACAUUGAUUAGUAUAUUUAAAGGCCCAUUUAAAAAGGUGCAAUGUUGAAUAUUGAAUACGAAGCUAUGCGAAUACUGUGCUGUCUAAUAGCAAUUUUGUAAUUUAAAUUGAAAACAAAAUUAGUUUCACAAGAAUUAGAUCUGUUUGACUAAAUUAUGCCCUUUCCCAAAAAUAAAACCACAUAGUUGUUUGGAAAUCACAUAGAACAAGGUAUCAAAAAUGUUCAUUUUGUCGAACAUUAAUAUUUUACAGAUAAGCAGCAACAUUUAAUCAACGAAAAACGAAACAGCACUGCAAAGCCAGCCUUUCCAACAUGUGUACACAUAUAUGUAACGGUUUUGUAAAAGUUUGAAUUUUUUCAAAAAUCCCACGUGAAGCAUUCGCAGCAGCCCUGUACCAAUCUGUCAAAUCGAUCUGUCAAGCAAGCACACGAAGAAGCACACGUUUCGCAAAGGGCCGUGUGCUGUGGGGGAGCAGGUGGGAGGUUUGUUUUGAAAACCAUGCGAUAUGGAAUCGUGCUUUUUUCCACCACGCGCAGACAAAUAGUACCAAAUCAGUUCUUGGUUGCGCGCUACGUUCACAUUCCCGUUUCUAAGUGAAUCUACCAUUCUAUUAAUCGGAUUUACUUCGAAUCAGUGCAAUGCAGUACAGUUUCUGUUGCCCCGUUUAAUGGUAUUGCGCAUUGCGUGAGUGAACCAGGAAAGGAAAACGGUCCCGUGAAAUGGUGCACUACGUGGAGCGCGUGGAACGCAUCCGGCUACGAGUUAGGAGAUAAAGAGCAACGUUAUACGACACCGGAGACAAACACCCCACGGUACAUCGCGUUGCACAAAGCAAUGGCAAAGGGAUGGCUUUGUUUGCUUGCAGGGGUGCACUAGCUGCUGGUUAAACGCUGUUUGUUCCGUGGCGAGCAACGGUGCAUGGGGAAAAGCUGAAACGCAGCAUACACCACAGGCCAGAAUCAUUCCGUACGCACUUCGCAGCAUCAAUCGUGAAACGUGACACGUAACUAGCAGCAGGUAGUUUGUGAUGGUUUUUGUCUCCAAAAACUACUCCUACAUUAGAGCACGGGCGCGCAGCGCUACGCAGAAGAGUUUGUACACAGUUGUGCAAGACGAACAACGUACUCUAGUGACUGAUAUAGUGUGGCAGAUAAGACAGCCCACAUAUCACGAGAACCGAAAGACAUUAUCAUCUCGCCGCGCUCUUAGUUGUUUGUUGGGGCAGAUAGAGUGAAAAACGUACAGGUGUGUUACGUUCCCGGUGCGCAGUUCCGGCCAGUUCAGUUGUUUUAGUAGCAAGAAAGUAGGGAUUUUCCAACUUUUAUUAAAUUCCUUUGUGUUGCUAUGGACCGGUGCAGUGAUUCACAAUAGGAAACCUUUCCUUUUUUGAGUUCUGAUUAGCAAAAAACAGCUACGCACAAAGAUGCAUGAAUUUGAGACCAAAAGCAUGCACGGCGUUAAGCGUGUGAUCGCGUUCUGCAUACUGACCGCGAUCUUGCCCGCAUCGCUCAUUAUACUGCCGCUCUAUUUGCGGCACACGGUGUUUGCGGACGUUGUUUACCCGAUCGCCGAAUCGGACAUUAUCGAAAUCCGCGAUGGAAUCUCGUCCGUCUUCUGCCAGAAGCACACGCUACAGAUGAACAGCACGUUCAACGCGUUCCAGCUGGAUCAUGAACCGGAGGUGUCGAAGAACAGGAAGCACAUUAGGUUGAAAAAAUCCAUGUCCCUGCCGGACGAUACGCUCGAGUACUGGGGAUUUUAUCUGCUAAAGGGUGCGACGGUAGCGCUGCGGGUUUGCUCCCGGUACGAUGGUUCCCGGAUAUUGGUCGUAAAGGGGGAGCGAAAUCUGCGCACGUGCGGUUUGCUCGAGCACAACAACAAUAAGAUCGACAAUUAUCUCAACAAAGAGCACGGCCAGGUGCUGGUCACCUUCGAAUCGGCCGCCGAGUUUAUCGAGUAUUCCGGUGAGCUGAAGGGAUCGUCCAACUUACCCGCCGAUGGUAAUCAUGGUGGAGAAGAUCUAACGGACGAACGCCCGUCAGCGGAAGAAACAGCCUCCAUGUUGGGUCGUUUGCAUAACUCCAAAGAGGUACGCGCACAACCCACCAGAACCACCGACAAUGAGCUCGAUAAGAGCAAGCGAACAACAGCAGCGCCGGCGUACGACGCGUCGGGAAGGAAAGCACAAUAUGCUACGACCAAGCGCAUCGGUCGUCCGGUAUCGGUUACGAUCAAGAAUGCACCAACGCCCGGCAGCACAACCACAACGUCCACAACCACCGAAGUACCGCCAAGCACGACCGAAAAUCUCGUUAAAAAGUAUCGCAACUUCCGUGCAACGGAAGCAGGACCUGCGGCGGACAUGUCGGUGGAUGAUGGUGGAAGUGUACACCGGAAGCGUCACAAUCACAAUAAAACCGGCCAUCGACAGCAGCCCGAUGCGGUAGCAUCCAAGGAAGGUGAACAAAUUGUACCACCAGACAGUGUGGACCGAUCGGAUCAGCAGCAGACGAACGGUAAGCGACAAAGGCGCCGUCGCCGAAGGCGCGAUCUCGUGUACGAUCGUGCGAUCAAUCAUGGUGGGACGGCGAUGAACCAUUCCAACAACACCUCCGACUCGGUAUCGAGCUUCGAGAACAGUUUGCUGGCGUGCUACGAUGGUGACAUCCUGCUAGCGCACAGUUUCCCGCCGAGCAAAUCGUGCCAGAGCGUGAAGUACCUCGAGGGUGCUUCGCACACCGUCACAAAGCACGAGGUAGUAUCGGAUGGGUACUACUAUUACAUUUUCUACAGCGAUAAUGAUUACGUGCAGAACGACAUACACGCGAUGUUUGACAUCUGGAAACCGACAUUCCAGUACUCGAACAUGUCGGACACGAAGGGUUGCAUCAACAGUACGCAAUGUUCGUUCCCGAUCACGUUCUGGUCGAACGAGCGCGUCAUCGUGGAGGUACCGACCCGGGACGGUAUCGAGCACGAGGAGGAUGAUAUUACGCUGCUCGUAUCAACGUGCCAUCCGCGCAUGGCCAUCUACAUUAUCUUCCCCGUCAGCGUGCUGAUUCUUGUGCUGACUUGCGCUUUCCUGUAAGAAGCUGGACGGCAUGUUGAAUAGGUGCCAUACAAAACAAAAAAAAAAAACAAAAACACGAUCCAAUCCACGGGUUCGCAUCCGAAUUGUGGGUUAAUCGGAUUUGGAAAUGUGUAAACCCGCACUAGUUUAUCGGCUCAUUAAUGUUAAGUGCAUUCGUUGAUUUACAAUUAUAGUGAAUUACUCAUUAAGCUGAUGUAAAAUUGACACCAGUAGGUUAGGCAAAAGAAGAAAAUACCCACGAAACGGUAGAAGGAUUUUAUCAGUGUCGCAGCGACACUAUAGUGCAAUACCAUACGAUCGAACUCCUCUUAGAAUCUGGUUCCAUUGUUGAGCUAAUGGAUUGGUUCAGUGAGCCUGGAUUAACGUGAGAUUAUUAGCCAAAACGAAAGUGCAAUGAGUACAAGCAAGCAAAUCUAUCUAUAUGCAUAUAUUUUGUAUAUGUUUCCUUACGUUUUUUUUAAAGUCCAAUGGAAAAAUGGCAAGUGAAAGUUACAAACUCCGUUACAUGCUCUAGUCGGCAAUAGUUUGCAAGAAAAAUAAUUACAAGGAGAUUAGAGUAAAGGAAACAAAAAAAAAAGAAAUAAAACGCGUCAGGAAUCUAGCAUCAGGGAUAACAUUUUAAGACGAGAUAAAACAAAUGAAAAUUUAAUUUUUUGUUGGUAUGUGUGCAAAAAUGUGUAAAGAAAAGUUUAAUUGGUUUUCUUAAAAUAUGUUUUAGAGUAAGAAACGCGUUUUCUAGUAUCUUAUUGAGCUGGUUUGGCAUAGGAUUGUGUAAAGCGAUUUUAAAUUCUAUCUUGAAGUUUGUUUCAAUUCCAAGAGUACUGUGUAAUUCCAAGCAUGAUCUUUCAACUUUUAAUACUGUUUUGUUUCUGCUGUGAAAGCUAAUUCGUGUAAUUUGUUUUGUAAGCUUGCAAUGCUUUCUUUUUCACAUAUGUUAGGUUUAAUAUUCAGUACUAAGGAGCAUGUGCAAGCACAGCAAUUAAAUUACUUGGACGUCCGCCCAACAUACAAGGCAGGUUAAUCUGAACACAGAAAGAUAUCAUAUCAGUUGCGCAUAUACUGUGAACGCUGCUGUUAAACACAAACUAGCAACUAGUUUUAUCGAUUAAUGCAAUGUCGCUGUUUGUUGAAUUGUGAUAUAAGAAACAACUAAAACCGAUCCCGACAGUAAGGAACUUAUCAUUACUCGUGCUGCGCAAAUUUGAAAGCAAAUUUGUUUUAACCAAUAGUUGCUGAUAGUUUGUAACUGAAGUAAAGUUUGUUUUAGCAAGUUGUGGGGGACGUGCACCGUACAAAUAGGAAUCGAACGAGGCUAUAGAAAUAUUAAGGUACACAAAAUUCACCAAAAUAUGACUGUGAAUGUGUAUAAUAAACGUGAAGGAAUUUGAUUUUAAUUUUCAAAA